AUGGCGAUCAAAUAUCGAGCCGCCGAAAUGUCCAUUAGCAUCGAUCAGGUCCCGGCAGAUGAUCCCAACUUAUCGGUACCGGGAGAGAUCGCUGCACCUGGACAGAGUUCGGUGCCCACAGCCUUCGUGACAGAUGCACCGGCUUUCGCCACAAAAUCAUCCACCACGCUCAGUACUCCCUCAUCAACUGCUGCUACAAGCAGUCAAAGCUCCACAGCUGCGGCACCAACCCAGAGCGCAGCUGCGUUUAAGGGUGGAAGUGGACUGAGUCAUGGCGACAUCGCGGCCAUAGUUAUUCCGAUCGCACUUCUGGCCAUACUAAUUCCGAUCCUUGUUCUAUGGUAUCUCGACCGUAAAAAUCGAACCGCGGCAGAGAAAAGAGCCAGUCACCGAAGUUCAAAUGAGGCCAUGCUCCAGAAGCAUUCGAGUAUCCAGAAACCACCGCAGCCAAGAGGUCCCAAACCAGCCCGCCCUGAACGGACACCCAGAAGGAGCGUAGUAGAUCCCCCAACACCAGAAACGCGAAACUCACUUGGCCUGUUCAACUUCGAGCUAUCGCCUCCAUCGACGCCGGGCAUGGGAUGGAUGACGCCCAAUCCUAGGUUUAGCAUUGCACGAGCGCUUCAACUGCGCCGUUCUCAACCAUCCGUCGUUACAUCUCAGCCUCGUACUUCACGGGGAGAGUCUGAUCGCCCUCGAACGGGAGACUCAGAGCGCUCAGAGCGACGCCAGACAAGGACGAGUAUUUUCGACCCACCACCGCCUUAUGUCAUUGAUACUGCGUCGCCCAAAUCGGCAUCACGUUUUGCUCCUUUGGAGCGGAUAGGAACGCUUCAACAUGCGGACCGUCCCCAUGGACCCACUAUGCAGCCGACAAUGGCCCCAACGCUGCCUGCCGUCGCUAUCACCAACGGCGCUCUUGAUGUUCAACAACCAAGGUAUACACCCCGCCAUACACCCCGCGCAUCGAGCGAAAUCCUGCAGCUACCGGAUGCCUAUGGUCGUGUUCAUACGCGGUCACCCUCGCCUACUCUGUCCAUGCAUAAUGGCUCUAAUUUAAGUCGUCCAUUCUCAUACGCAGCGCCUGAGAGGAUCUCAGAUGUUUCCGGGCUAUCAGACGAGCCGGAGCCAUGGAGGAGGAUGAGAGAGUCUAAUGGAUCGUCGGUUAUCUCACCUAUUGACAGCGAUGAGAGCUCCACGAUACAUCCCCACCAAGUCCUAUGA